AUGAACAGAACUAAUGCUUUGGAGAGACAUCUUCUCACCAGAUGUUAUGACUCUCAAGAUAGAAUUGAAGAACUUUUAACUACUAGAUAUUCUUUAACUGGAGAUCAGAAACCAGUUAUACAUUUUACUCAGUACAAGCAAACAGAUAAAGUCAAAUCUUUAUUACAUUCUGAAAAAUCUUCAUCUAAUAAUGAGAUCUCAUCAACAAGAAGAGUUAAUACCAGAAGAGAUUUACAAGCAUAUAUAAAGACUACCCUUAAUAAUCAAAAGAAAGUUAUUAAGAAAAUUCAAGCUUAUAACAGAAAGAAAUCUUCUCAAUCACGUCAAUUUCCUUUAGAUAAAAUGAUUAAAACAUUUAAUAUACCUCAAUAUGAUGAAUUUAUUGGAUUAAAUAACUUAUGGCAGAACUAUAUGCAAGAAUUAUUAUUUGUUAAUAAGAAUAAAACUAUAGAAAGUAUUCCUAGUUUAACUACAAUAUUACCAAAAUUAUCGACAGCUGAUUUUAAUGGUUGUUUAUUAACAGUUAUCCAAUCUAAAAAUACAAAUUUUGUAGGGUUAAGAGGUAUAGUUGUAUGGGAUGCUCAACAUUCAUUUUUAAUAUGUGUUCCUAGCAAGAAUGAUUCCAAAGAAUGGAAUGAAUCUAAAGAUAAAUUUAGUCCUUCUGAAAUGGUAGGUGGAUUUAGAUUAGUACCUAAACAUAAAAGUUUAUUUGCUUUUGAUGUAAUUAUACCUAAUGAUGAAAGUGAAACUGAAUGUAUUGGAUUCACUAUGAUAGGUAGUAGAUUUGAAUUCCGAUCUGUAGAUAGAUCAGGGAAGAAAUUCAAAGGUCAUGCAGUAGAUGGGAUCUUAUAA